AUGAAGGUGAUGCAGCUGCUCCUGCGGGCGUCGCUGGGGGCGUCCCUUGUCUACUACGUCUGCACCUUUCCCUCUCCCUCCUACCAGCGUCCCUUCAGCCACAGCCACCGACAUGAAGCAGCAGACGGUGAGGUGCCCCUCGGCCAUCACGCUCACAAAAGUGAUACUGUCACAGGUGACAAUAAGGGAACAAAUGUGUUCAGUAGUUACGCACGCGCAGGAGACGAAAGUACUGGUCAUGACGAGGAAGACAGGGACGUGAAGAACAAUUACGCAGACGGCAUCGUGAUUUACAGUGAGGUGAAGAGGGAAGGUGGCUGGACACAAGAGACCGCGACACCCAGUGAUGAUCACGUCAGCACUGCUGCAGCCGACCAUGUGGGGCAGAACGAUACUUGGCCUCACACUACACACCCCAGCCAUGCUCUGGAGCCGCCUGAGUUCAUCCCUGACCUGCCGGACUCGUCUCCAGCGGGGCAGCCAGCAAGUAUACCCAAGCGAUUCUUAAUCGAAGAGGCGGACUACUGCCAGAAGCGGCCCGACUUUCAAGUCAUCGCCUAUGUGCAUUCCGCCAUCACUAAUGUUAAAAACAGGAGGGAUGUCCGCGUCACCUGGGGCAACGCUUCGAACUACGACCUGGGCGACGUUACCGUCAAGGUGGGCGUUGUCUUCAUGGUGGGACGAGCCAAGAACGCCUUGGAGCGACACAUUGUUCAAGUGGAAAGUCAUCGCUACCAUGACAUUGUCCAGGGUGACUACGGUGACCACUACCGCUUGCUAUCCUACAAGGGUCUGGCCAGCCUCUACUGGAUCAAUAAGCACUGCUCUCACGUUCCCUGGACCCUUCACGCUGACGACGACACUCACAUCGAUAUCUUCCUCUACUACAGGGCCCUUCAGGAGCUCGACGACGUCAACGAAAAACAGUUUAUAUGUAGUCACAUGUACGGACCAGCUCUGAGAGAAGGUCGCUGGAAAGUGAGGUACAAAGAGUACCCAUCCCAGGAUUAUCCACUUUACUGCUCUGGUGGUGCCUGGUUCUUGCAGACCAACCUUAUCCCACGACUUCUAGAGGCCUCCAAAGUCGUCCCAUUCCUGUGGGUGGACGACGCCUACAUCACCGGCCUUCUGGCCAGACAGGCCGGCAUAGAGCAGCUGGGUUUCCAAGAUUAUUACGGUGGUGCAGAAGUAGACAAGGGAGUCCUCGGACACCAGGUGGUGUGGUUUGAGAAAUUUGCCCCUCGCUCGGUCUGGUGGAAAGAGAUCGUAAACUAUCAUAAAAAAUAUUCUUUGCAUGAUCCAGCUACAUUAAUUCCAAAAUAA